AUGAACUGCCAGCGUGCUCUCUUUCGGUCUCUGCGGGCCGCAGCGCCCCUGCGACGACAUGCGAGGGCAUUCACCAACUUCCCCGUUCCCCCGAUGAUGGGAAGCUCGCCACCGGCCGGAAACAUUCCCUUGCCGUACAUCACCGAGGUAUCGUCCAACGGCUGGAGGACAUACGACAUCUUCUCCAAGCUUCUACAGGAACGAAUUGUCUGCCUCAAUGGCGCGAUCGACGACACGGUGUCCGCAUCAAUAGUUGCCCAGCUGCUGUGGCUCGAGUCCGAUAGCCCAGACAAGGCCAUCACGAUGUACAUCAACUCGCCUGGAGGAUCAGUCUCGUCAGGGCUUGCAAUCUACGAUACAAUGACAUACAUCAAGUCGCCCGUCUCGACAGUAUGCCUCGGUGCCGCGUCCUCCAUGGCUGCGCUGCUCCUGACAGGAGGCGAGGCCGGCAAGCGUUACGCCCUCCCUCACAGCUCCGUCAUGAUCCACCAGCCCCUCGGCGGCACCCAGGGUCAGGCAUCAGACAUUCUCAUUUACGCGAACCAGAUCCAGCGCAUCCGCAAACAGAUCAACGAGAUCAUGAGGCGUCACAUCAACCAGUCGUUUGGGCACGAAAAGUUCAACCUGGAGGAGGUCAACGACAUGAUGGAGCGCGACAAGUACCUGACCGCCGAGGAGGCCAAGGAAAUUGGCGUGAUUGACGAGAUCCUGACGCGCAGGGAGGAGAAGGACAAGAAGGAGGAGGGGUCGGCGGAGGAGCAGAAGACGAAGCCAUAG